AUGAAACUCAUUUCAGAGGUUCAAGUGUUCAAGUAUAAACCAUGGGAACUUCCUCCACUUUCUGCUCAAACUGCAGAGAAUUUACAGUGGUUUUUCUUUUGCCCUAGAUCAACUAAACCACGUAGGUCAAUCAAGGGGGGUCAAUGGAAAGCAACUGGUAACGACAGAGAUGUCAAGCAUUCAUCACUUACUGUGGGAAAAAUUAAAACUUUGAUUUACUAUAACAGGUGUAGUAAGAACAAGAGGUUAGAGAGGACUAAUUGGGUGAUGAGAAAGUACAGAUUGGAUAAUAAAACCAUAGCUGAAUUGGGUAUAUGCAAUGCAAACUACGUAAUAUGCAAAGUGUUUGAAAAAAGUGGCUUAGGACGUCCGACAACGAGUGAUGAGUACGGGGCACGGUUCAUCGAAGACAACUGGAAUACCAAAUUAGAUGUUCAAAUUGAAUCAACAGCCACUAAAUCAAACAAUGCCACAGAGACGAUUGCUACCAAUGUCAAUCAAUGCAACACUCCACCGAUUAACUUUGAUUGUGGAGUUCAAAACCACAACAAUAGCAUGACUAACAACGAGACUGCAAUUUACUACAAUGCAUGUACUAGCAAAGAAUCUAUUGCGACGGAUGAUGUCAACAACUACAUUGCAAGCAGCAGCAACCAUUUUAUUCCUAUGGAUGAUGUCAACAACUACAUUGCAGGCAUCAGCAACCAUUUUAUUGCUAUGGAUGAUGUCAACAACUACAUUGCAGGCAGCAGCAACCAUUUCAUUCCAGAAGACAAUGACUAUCUGCAAUUCAUGGCCGACUCGUUUUGGUUAUAG